AUGGAAGAAAAUAAAAAAAGAGGGAAGAAAAAGACGGAGAAGUCCGAAAUUGAGCUGUUAUUUGUUGAGCUGUGUCACGUGAAUAAAGAAAAAAGGGACACGGGAAUAAAGGUCCUGACUGAUUAUUUGAAAAAAAAAAAGGUGCCCCUGGAUGGACAUAAUUUGUCCUACAUUUGCAAAGGACUUUUUUACUAUUACUGGCUAUGUUACUCAUCGGAAGAGCAAAAAAUAGCGGCUUGCAGAAUUAGCAAAAUUUUAAGAAACAUUGAUGAGGUAGACGACAGUGAAGAAAAAAAAAGCGUCUUCCAAUUUUUGAAAAGCUUUUUAAGGGUUAUGUCUAGUAAGUAUGAUUCCCUAGACCUAUACCGUUUGAACAAGUAUUUAUUUUUAUUCAAAGUUUUCCAAGCAGAGUUCCUCCUCUUCCUACAUCGGUACUCAUGGCGCAGUGAUUACAUCAAGAGGUAUAACAAAAUAAUGCUCCAAAUAUUUGACGACACAAAUGACGUUUUUUACAAUCACAUCGAUACGUUUUUUAAAGAAUUUUUUGGAAACCAAUUUUAUUUAAAGGCCAAGGAUCAAAAUGAAAAAGUACACAUAAAGAAUUUUCUCCAACUGAUGGAUUUUUUUUUUAAAAUAAUUUGCAAGACGGAAAAAAAACACAUAGUCGAUGUAAUUAGGAAUAAAAUAUUCUCCGUCCUUUUGAAGUUAAAUGUGGGGAAGAGUAUGCUGGAGAGGAGAAUUUGCAGGUACCUUGGGAAGUGCAAAAAUCCUUAUGCUACUAAAGCACUUAGGGGUUUUUACAAUUCCUUUGUUUCAGGGAGAGGUGAAGGAGGGGAGAACAAACAGAAGGGCAAUAAGGACAAAGAGGGUGGAUCGCAAAAGACGCCCAUUUUUGUGGAAAACUUUGAGGCCACGGGGGAGCACAAUGGUUCCGCCCCCGCUUUGGACUCCGCUUCUGCCCCCGCCGGGGAGGAAGAACAAAUCUCUCCAAAUGAAAGAGGUUCCGAUUUGACCACUCCUGGGGAUGGCCCAACGGGUGGAGAGAAACAGUUGGAUGAUGUGCCUACCUGUAAGAAGAGGUCCAAAAGGGACCGUGCGUCGAACGAGUUCAACCGACUCAGGGAGAUUAUCGAGGAGGGCGAUGAGGGGGAAACGGAGGAGGACCUGAGCAGCGACAUGGAAAGUGAUAUAGGGAGCGAUAUGGGAAGUGACAUAGGAAGUGACGUGGAAAUAGAUAUGGGAAAUGAUAUGCGAAGCGACCCGACGACGGGGAAGAAGAAGGCCCCGAAGCGAAAGCGAGAAGAAAACGGGAAGCCGUCGUCCAAGAAGAACAAAAAAGAAAUGGAAAAAAAGAAGGAAAAAAAAAAGAACAAAGGCCAAUACAGAAACGGAGCAGGAGAUAAUAUGCACAAUGGAAAACACGCAAGCAGCUCGAUCGACGGGGAAGCAAAACACAAACUUAAGAUCAUAGACUUUAUCCACAAGAGGAAACGAGGUUUUUCGGGGAACAUUAUUCUUGAAAAUAAGGGGAAGUCGGAUUUACCCAUCUAUUCCAUUGACAAGUCGGAGCUACAGGGCGGGUGCAUACAGAAGAGGAAGCUAAAAGUGAACAAGCUCUUGAAGAAGAAAAAUAACGCCUGCUCUGCUGGUAGCGGCAGUCGAAUUUGUCAAGCACACCAGUGCUACACCCUGCUGGCGAAUGACGAGGGGGAGGACGACCUAUGUCUACAACUCGGAGAUGCAGACAGGGGUGAUGCCGCUACAGAUGCGGAUCACAAGAACAUGCACAUAGGAAUGGUAAAAAAGAAAAUAGUAAAAACCAAGGUGGGGAAGGCAAAAAAGGGGAAAAAAAUGGAAAAUUUUGCCAAACUGGGAAAAUUGAUCAAGCUAGCGAAACAAGGCAAAAUGAUGAGGCUAGCCAAACAGAGCAAGUUGGUCAAGUUGGCGAAGCAAAAUAUAAUGGCAAAAUUGGCUAAAAAAAACAAAAAGUCAAAAAUGGAAAAAAAAACUCCUAUGAUAGGCCAAGAGGGCAAAGACAAAAACAAAAGCGCGCUGAGCAAAGGCGUAGCGACCGAUGCGAAAGGGAAAACCAGGGAAAAGAGAAAAAAUGGCACGGUCAAGAAAACCAUUUUGAAAAAAGGGAAAACCAAAUCACGCGUGACAAAAAGAGUUCAUUUUAACCUGAACAAAAACACCAUCGAGUACAUCCCGCGGAUAAAGAAGAAAAACGUCAAUUCGUAUUUCUUUCUCGACAAUUUUCGCAACUUAAUUAAUGUCCCCGCGUUUUUGUAG